AUGAGGUCGAUCACAGCUUUGUUUUUCCUUUUCUGUUUCCUUGCUCCCUCUGCUUUGGCGCAACUGCGAUCUGGGUUCUAUGGCCGGUCAUGUCCCCGAGCCGAAACUAUUGUUGCUAAUGUUGUCGCCAACCGUUUCCGCCGUGACCGUAGCAUUACUGCAGCAUUGCUUCGUAUGCAGUUUCAUGAUUGUUUUGUCAGGGGUUGUGAUGCUUCCCUCUUGAUCGACCCAAGACCCGGAAGGCCAUCAGAGAAAAGCACCGGACCAAAUGCAAGUGUGAGAGGCUACGAGAUCAUUGAUGAGGCCAAGAGACAGCUCGAGGCUGCAUGUCCUCGAACUGUCUCAUGCGCAGACAUUGUAACUCUAGCCACCAGAGACUCGGUUGCAUUAGCUGGUGGUCCAAGAUACUCAGUACCAACAGGAAGACGUGACGGAUUAAGGUCAAGCCCCAAUGAUGUGAACUUGCCCGGACCAACAAUUCCGGUGGCUGCAUCCAUCAAUUUAUUUGCAGCUCAAGGUAUGAAUACGAAUGACAUGGUUACGCUUAUUGGUGGUGGCCACAGCGUCGGUAUUGCUCAUUGCAGUCUCUUCCAAGAUAGGCUUGCUGACCCAGCAAUGGACCGCUCAUUGAACGCUAGGCUGAGGAACACAUGCCGUGCUCCAAAUGAUCCAUCGGUGUUCUUGGACCAAAGGACGCCAUUUAUCGUGGAUAACGCAAUCUACGGAGAGAUCCGAAGACAGAGAGCAAUCCUAAGAAUUGAUCAAAACUUGGGUCUCGACAGAUCAACCCGUGGAAUCGUGUCGAGUUUUGCAUCAAGCAAUACACUCUUUAGACAGAGAUUUGCCCAAGCAAUGGUGAAAAUGGGUACCAUAAGAGUUCUUACGGGACGUUCUGGAGAGAUCAGGAGAAACUGCAGAGUCUUCAACAACGGACGUUGA